GUUAGCUUCGAAAUCUUGCAGAGCUCUCCUCAGUAUGUGCUGAAAAGAAAAGCAGAAACUAUUAACAAUGGCCUUCAAGCUAUUGAAAAGAUGUUACAACAGAAGAGUGAAAACGUUGCAAAAGCCAAAGAAUUUCAGAAGCAAAUCUGGGAUAUGUUGGACCUGUGGCAUUACAAACUCAAUGAACUGGAUGCAGAAGUGCAUGAUAUAGUAGAGCAGGAUUCCUGCCACGCACAGGAGUUGAUGGAUAUCUUAGUGACCCCCCUUCAGCAGUACCAACAGGUCUCGCAACUUGCUGAGCGCAGAACUGCCAUUUUAAACAAGACUGCCAACAAGAUGGAAGAAUAUGAUGAACUCUUGAAGAAUGUGAAGGUUUGGAUAGAAAACACCAACUGCUUGCUAAGAGCAGAUGCUCAAAAUGACUCUGCAAAAAGCUUACGCAAACAUAGUGAUGACCUUCAGAUGGCUUUGGAAGACUCAGAGCAAAAGCAAAAUCUUCUACACAGUGUUUACUUGGAGCUGGAGGAGCUAACACCAGUCUUUGAAACAGAUAGUGUAAUGCAACAGCUGAAUGAAAUAAGUGAUCAAGUAGCAACUUUACAGCAUGAGAUAGCAGAGAUUCUUCCACAGAUCCAGCAUGUGGCUGAUGAAUUGGAUGCCAUUGAAUCUCAUGUGAAAGUGUUUGAGAAGGACAUUGCCAAAAUGAAGACAAUCCUGUCAUCAGAAGAUCUGUUAGAAUUUUCUCCUAAAGACCAACUUAAACAUGGACAGGUUAUACUUGACCAUGUUGGUCCAAUGCAGAAGGCCAUUGUUCGUAUACAGUCCUAUGAAGAAGCACUUCGGCUACCAGGGGUGGAAAUGCAACCUUUCUCAGUCUUCCAGAGAGCAAGAAAACUCUUGAGAGAAUCGAAGAAAUUAGAAAAAAUUACUAAGGAACAAAACAACCUACUGGAGGAAGCUGUAAAGAAAACAGAAGAAUGUGAGCAAGAAAUUGAAAAGUUGAAACAAUUCUUAAAGAACCACUUGGUAGAAAUAUCCCAUGAAGAUCAACCACUGGCUCAGAAGACUCAUUGUCCAGAGGGAGAAAUGGAAGCUGUAAAAGAAGAAAUCAUAAAGCUGUGCCAAAGAAAGGAAGAUAUCCUUACUGGAAUGAAGAAUUCAAUGUCUGAGCUUCACCAGCGCUUAGAGGAAGAAGUGCCUGAAUCAGGAGAUGAACCCACAGCCUCUGUAUUAGCACAAAGUGACUUGAUUGGGACUGAUGUUUCUGGUCAGAAGGGAAGUACAGCCACAGAGAAAGAUGCAAGCUUUUGGCCUUCAGAAAGAGAUGAUGAAAGGCACAAGGAAGACAGUGCAACUUCCUGGUCUUCUGGUACCUUGUCAGAUGGCAUUGUUCAGGAUGCUGAUGAGAUAAUGCAAUCACACAGUAAACAUGGUGAGGAAAUAUCUAUGCAAACUUUGCAGAGCACUGAAGACCCUGGCACAGGUGAUGGCAGUCAGGCUAUGACCGACACCGGUGUCCCCAACGCCACCCGGGGCUCUCGAGGGAAAACGGGAGAUUCAGAGGAAGCGGUGGAUGGCAAUAGGCCUGAGCCAGAAACGAUCCUCCAGAUGUGCCAGGCCCAGGUUGCCGAGCUGGAACAAUGGCUAGACAAAACUAAAGUGUCCCUGAGAUCAGACCCCCAGACCCCUGAAAUGCAGCAGAUGGUGGAACUGCAGCUUGCUGAUUGCCAGCUGAAGGAAGUGAAGUGCAAUUUGGAAAAAGUCCAGAUGAUGCUUCAAGACAAAUACAAUGAAGAUCAGAUUCACAACAGGGAGAGGAUCGACCCAGAGCCCCUUGAGAUUCUACACUCAAAUGGCUCCAGCACGCCCCAGCUUGCCCUUGCUGAACAGCCACCCAUUUGGCACAACGGUUUCCAGCACCCACAGGACCUGAAAGUAAAAGCAGCUGAGCAGAAAAGCGUCAUUGACUUCAUUGAAUCAUGCGUAGAAAAAAUGCAGCCACAGUUUGAGGACAGCAUGACUCAGAAAUUAGAAUCAAGUGGCACCAUUGGUUCCGUGCAAGGAUGUGUGCCUUUAGAAGAAAAAUUGCAGAAGCUGGAGAUUUCUGCCAUCAACAGUCUAGAGAAAUGGGAGUCUCAUUUAUGUGACACCCUCUUUGAUAUUGGGUUGACUCCGGUGUUUAGAAUUACAACGAAGAUGAACAUGCUGCCCCGAGGCACAUUUGCUAGUGCAGGAACCCCAACUGUGGAAGAACUGAAAACUUACACUGUCCAGCUGGGAGACCUAAGCCAAGAAGCAAAUGUGGUGCAUGCACAGGAUAAUGUGGCAGAGGAAGUCUCUUCCAAUCUGGACAGAAAAUUGUUUGAGCUGCUUCUGGCAAUCAGCCGAUGUUUGAAUAACAUGGAGGAGAUGUUAAACACCUCAGUCCUCUCCACUGAAGAGGCAGCCGUGCAGCAGGCUCUUUAUGAGACUCUUUCUGUUGAGCUGCAAAAGCUUCACGCUGAUCUGAGUGAUAAAAAGGAUGAUCUUCUAAAGUCUAUUAGCUGCGCUGGUGGGAGCACAGAUGUGUUCUGUGAGUGCUUUAACAACUUGCAGGCGCGGCUGGAACAAACUCAAGCUGCCACUGCUUCAAGGAGCAACUCAAUGAAAGCUGGGCUGGAUCAUAAUAGCAAUUAUCAGAUAAUGAGAAACUUUUCUACAGAUUCUGAUGAUGGGCUAAAUCUACUAGGUAUGAAUGGAAAAUACUCAGAUCAGAAUGAAACCAGGCUGCUUUACGAUCAGUUAACUGAGAAAAAAGCUACUCUGCAACAAUGCUUGAAUGCAAUACGUGGACAUAAUGUUUCUGAACAGCUUCAGAAAACUGAUGCCUGUGCUUUGGAGCUGCAAAACUUUGAAAACCAAGUAGCAAAACUGAGAGGCCAUGGGGAAAGAUUUCAGUUACCUACCACCUUAAUCCAGGAAGCUUAUAAAUUAGAGGAUGUUUUGGAUGACAUGUGGGGGAUUCUGAAAGCAAAGUAUGUGGAACUGAACCCUCCUUCCAUCAGUGAGAGCCAGUUUGAGGACUUACUUAAUGGAUUUGCAGAGCUGGUAGCUAUUGGACAAGAGAAGAUUGCACAAGAUCCAAAGCAGCUAACGAAAAGCAGAGCAGCUCUACAGUCUCACCUGGAAAAUCACAAGGACUUUUUCCACAACCUCAUGACUCACAUGGCUUUCAUGCAAGCAUUUUCCAAGAAAGUGACUCCCUCCAUCCUACAAAAGAGAGAGGAAUUCUGGAGAGAGCUGGUGAAUGAAGUCAAGUUGUUGGAGCAGAAGGCCUGCCAGUAUGGUAUACACUUAGAGAGCCUGUUAAAGGAAUGGGUGGAAUUUGAUGAUGAAUGCCUAGUUUUCAAUAAGGAGUUAGAGGCACUUGCCUCUACAUUGCCUUCUGUGAAUUUGGUUGAAGAAACAGAAGAAAGAUUAAUGGAAAGGAUUGCACUUCUACAGCAAAUCAAAAGCAGUGUUGAUGAAAAGCAUGCCAGGCUGUACCAGAUGGUGAAAGAAGGGAAGAAAUUGCUAACUGCUGUGAGCUGUCCAGAAAUAAGAAGCCAGAUUGGGAAGCUGGAAGAGCAGUGGUUGUCUUUAACCAAAAAAGUUGGCCAUGAACUACACCGACUUCAGACAUUACUCAAACUCUUGGUCAGCUACAACAGAGACUCGGAGGAAUUAAUGAAAUGGCUGGAUUCUGCUCAGCAGAGAAUAAAUUUUUGGAAGGAGCAGUCUCUCAACGUGUCACAAGAUCUUCCCACCAUCAGGGAUAACAUCAACAGCUUGUUUACAUUCUCUAAGGAAGUUGAUGAAAAAUCUUCCCUGAAGUCAUCUGUGGUGAGCACUGCCAACCAGCUCUUUCACGUGAAGCAAGCUGAUACUGCAGCACUUAGGUCAUCUUUGGCAAAGUUUGAGCAAAAAUGGGGAGAACUGAUUAUACAGCUCCCAGCCAUCCAAGAAAAGCUUCACCAGCUUCAGAUGGAAAAACUUUCAUCGCGGGAAGCUAUUGCUGAACUAAUGACCUGGCUGGACCAUGUGGAACAACAGCAGGGACAUGAGGAGCCAAUAAAUUCACAAUGUAGUGCUGCCCAAGUCAGAAGCCUUCUUCAGAAGUACAAGGAAUAUAUGAUGGAAAUGAACUUUAAACAGUGGAUGGUAGAUUUUGUUAACCAGUCACUCUUGCAGAUGAGCACUUGUGAUGUGGAAAGCAAGCGGUAUGAAAGGACAGAAUUUGCCGAGUGUCUUGGAGAGAUGAACCUGCGGUGGCACAGGCUGCAGGCAUCUCUGAACAAAAAGAUACAAGACCUGCAACACAUUUUGGAGGAUAUUACUGAAAAUGAGAACAAAGCACAGACUCUACGCAACUGGCUGGAAGCUCAGAGUGAUCGACUGAGGUCUUUACAAACCCCAGCAAGUCUGAUCUCUGCACGGAACACAUUAGAUGAUUGCAAG